CCUCGCAGUGAGAACAGAACAGUGCCGAACCGGACGUGCGUUUCUCUUUCAUACACCGCGCGUUGUUCACCGCGGAUCCAGGGGCGCAGCUGGCGUCGGGGGCUCGAACCUGCGGAAAGGACACGGAUCCAAGACCGGGACUGACCCUGAGGAUGAUGAAGUUGGUCAGUGGGGGCUCUGUAGUGAAUGCCGAGGCAGUAUGGGACCAUGUGACCAUGGCUGACCGAGAGCUGGCCUUCAAGGCAGGUGAUGUCAUCAAGGUGUUGGACGCUUCCAAUAAGGACUGGUGGUGGGGUCAAAUCGAUGAUGAGGAGGGCUGGUUUCCUGCCAGCUUUGUAAGGGUGGAGUCCCACCCCCCUCAAACCAAACAGCUUUUUUAUAUCAACCCUGUCGCUGCAUCACGCCUCACAAACGCCACGGCUAAGUUAUGGGUAAAUCAGGAGGAAAACACAGCGGUCGAGGCUACCGAAAGCUCCAGUGAAGUGCAGAACGGCCAUGCGGAGGCCAGUCCGAACCCCAGCACCGACUGCCUGUGUUUGGGCCAGCCCGCCCAGAACCGGGACCAGAUGAGAGCCAAUGUCAUCAAUGAGAUCAUGAGCACAGAACGACAUUACAUCAAACACCUGAAGGAUAUCUGUGAGGGUUAUCUGCGCCAGUGUAAAAAGAGAAGAGACAUGUUUAAUGACGAUCAGCUGAAGGUGAUCUUCGGGAAUAUCGAAGACAUUUACAGAUUCCAGUUGAGCUUCGUCAGAGACCUGGAAAAACAGUUUAACACGGAAGAACCUCAUCUCAGCGAGAUCGGACCCUGCUUUUUGGAACACCAAGACGGAUUUUGGAUUUACUCGGAAUACUGUAACAACCACGUUGACGCCUGCAUGGAGCUCACACGUCUCAUGCGAGAUGCACGAUACCAGCACUUCUUUGAAGCAUGCCGAUUGGUUCAGCAGAUGAUUGACAUCGCCAUUGAUGGCUACCUGCUUACACCAGUCCAGAAAAUCUGCAAAUACCCUCUACAGCUAGCAGAGUUACUGAAAUAUACAGUACAAGAACACAGUGAUUAUCGGUAUGUGGCUGCUGCGCUAGCGGUAAUGAGAAAUGUCACUCAGCAAAUCAACGAACGUAAACGAAGGCUUGAGAACAUUGACAAAAUCGCCCAAUGGCAGGCUUCAGUACUGGACUGGGAGGGUGAGGAUAUUCUGGACAGGAGCUCAGAGCUUGUGUACACUGGGGAGAUGUCCUGGAUAUAUCAACCAUACGGCCGCAGCCAAACCAGAAUCUUCUUCCUAUUUGAUCAUCAGAUGGUCCUUUGCAAGAAGGAUCUCAUUCGACGUGAUAUUCUCUACUACAAGGGCCGGAUCGAAAUGGAUCGAUAUGAGGUCAUCGACGCAAUCGAUGGCCGAGAUGAUGAUUUUAACGUCAGCGUGAAGAACGCUUUCAAACUGGCAAAUAGAGACACGGAUGAGAUCCAUCUGUUCCUGCCCAAAAAGCUAGAGGAGAAAAUCCGUUGGCUUCGGGCAUUUCAAGAGGAAAGAAAGAUGGUCCAGGAAGAUGAGAAGAUUGGGUUUGAAAUCUCUCAAUAUCAGAAGCGGCAAGCAGCCCUGACCGUUAGGAGGGUCACCAAACAGAAAGGUGUGGGUCGGUCAGUCCCCCCAGCAUACCCACCUCCUUUGGACCCCAUGAACCCCGGGCAGUAUCUCCUCCCUGACGGCUAUGGACAGGCCGACGGAUACGAAUAUGAGCCCAAACGCAGCACAUCCCCCUUCUGGCAGAACUUCAGUCGGUUAGCUCCCUUUAAAAAAUAAAACACACAUCCACCAGGGGUUGAAGACACUGGCCUCUGUAUAUCUGGAAAGCACUAUUCUAUUUAAGAUAUAUCCUGCGGACUUUAAGAGGACCGACACAAACUACAGGAGAGAAGAUGAACCUCGCUUUACUGGGGUUUACCAGGCAUAUUUGUUUUACUGGGGUUACGGGGACACCUUGCCGGGCUGGUUGCACAGAGCUCUGCACACUACAUAUUGUAAUUCACUACAAUUAAACACACACGAUCAUACAAACACACAGGUAAAACCCAACCACAUUUUAUCACUCCUCUUAAAGAGGUUUUAAAUUAUGAAAUAAGAAAAGUCUCUUACGGUUUCUUUUUUCUCCAUACACAAAUCAAGGGAAUGAAUUUUUUAAAGCACUAAACCACCAUAAUGACUCUGCUGUCUAGCGCUGCCCUAGUGUUCCUCCGUGCACUGUGACUAUUCGGGGCAUUCUCUCACCCAAUCUCUCUUUUUCUCUUAUACUCCACAUUAUCAUGUGUUUUUAACAGUUCAAACCUGGUGAAAACUCGAGCUUUAUUUUUCCUGGACAAUUUCUCCUUGGAUGGAUCCUGCUGCACUCUUUAGUUUGUUUUGCAUGAAAAUAUACACAGUUCAUUGCAGAUAUUUUUAUUUGUGUAAUUCUGUUCGUACGGGUUGAAGUUUCAAAGAACAGUGUUUCACACUCUGCAAAAUGGUCACGCAAGUUGUGGUCUACUGGAAAUAUGGAUAUCUCCACAAAAUAGCGUUGAAAUUCAGAGAAACCAACACAUACAAAACAAAAAUAGGCGAAAAGUCUUCAGAAUCAAUCAAGCCUUGGAUCAUUUUGGUUCGAUGGAGCUUUCCGAACCCUGCUAAAACUACAGUUUGGUAAUAUCAGCUUUAAAGACCAGAGAAACCCGUAAGAGGAACUGUUCUGCCCUCAACAGUCCUGUAGGACUGUAGACCUCUUGUAGCUUGUUUACGUCAGAGCCUUGAUAAUCCCGAGGUCUCAGUCUUUACCCUCACCACUGUUUCCUCUCUCUCAUCGUCAGCACAAUCUGACAUCAAACCAGGAAACAUGAUCCGUUGUUUACUGAUAAUGUGAAAAUAAUACCAUUUCUAAGCCCUGUCUUCAUUUUAAGAAUCCUCCAAAUAUCUGUUUUUAUGGACGGGAUCGAUGAUCCAUGGAAUAGGAUGACUUUAAUCCUGCUGAUCAACCUCUGCGUGACGUGCCGAUUCAUCUCUAACAUGCCAAAAUAGUCUGGUUGCCAAAUUUUCCUCGAACAGGUGCAUUGGCAUGUGCGAAUGCCAACCCCAUGAGCUGUUUUAUCCAUGUGACUUCUCAGGCGAAAAUUAAGUCAGUUAAAUUUGGUUAUCGCUGCUAGGAUUAGCAUGACAUAGCGUUUCCAUUUUCCUUUUGUUGUUUUUGAUUAUCUAUAUACAGUAUAUGUAUAUUUAUUUUUUCCCACAUUAAAGGGACUUGUGCAAAAUUUUAUUUAUGGUAUAUUCGGGUUUUGUCUGAUAACUUUCAAAAGAUAGUAUUUAGUCCAAUCACAAUAUUUAAAGUAUUGCUAUAAAUCAUUAUUAUAUUAUAGUGUGAUUUUUUUUUUUUUCCCCAUCUUGAUCCUCUUUCUAUAUUUUAGAGUUUCUGCUGGAGUUUUAAAGACCCUUAAGGGCAUCAAAAAUAAACGUAAGAGGACAGUGUGGAAGAAAUAUGUCACACGUGUACUAAGUGCCACAUGAAACUAUUAUUAUGUUACAAAGGAAAGUAUUGGUUUAAUAUUUUUGAUUUGGUGAUCUGAUUGAAAUAAGAACAUUAUUUCAUAAUAAACUUAAUUAUGGAUACAACAGAGUUGAACUGAAUACAUGCUUCUUCUGGUUUUAUUUGGUGCCUUCUGUUUACAAAAUUGUACAAUAUUCACAGUGAUGCUGGUUGCAUUUAAAAAAAAGGAAUAAUUAUAUUUAAAGGGUAUUUCAAAUUAAUUACAAUAUAAAUGUUAUUAACUUUGUUGAAGGAAUAUCCACUUUAAAGAGAGCUUAUAGAGUGUAAUGUAAAGUUGAAUUCCCAUAGCACUUUAACAACCUUAUUGUAGUAUCCUGGCAACCACCUACAACACCCAAUCAAUGUGGCAUUGAAUUUUGCAUUUUGUACGAAUCUAGUUAGUUAUCAAACAAAGUCAUACCUCAAGGCAAUGCUUGUUACAUUACAGUGAAAUCAGUUGUGUAAAUAUAUGUUUGUAAGCUGGCACCUUAGUGUUUUAUUCUGAGCAGCUGUUUGAUGAAAUAUUUUGUUGUCCAUUUAGAGAGAAAAAAACAAACAGAAAUAGGGGCCUGGGUACCUCAGUGGUAAAAGACGCUGGCUAUCACCCCUGGAGUUCGCUAGUUCAAAUCCCAGGGUGUGAUGAGUGACUCCAGCCAGGUCUCUUAAGCAACCAAAUUGGCCCGGUUGCUAGGGUGGGUAGAGUCACAUGGGGUAACCUCCUCGUGGUUGCUAUAAUGUGGUUCGUUCUCAGUGGGGCGCGUGGUGUGUUGAGCACAGAUGCUGCGGAGAAUAGCGUGAAGCCUCCACAUGCACUAUGUCUCCGUGUCAACGCGCUCAACAAGCCACGUGAUAAGAUGCGCGGGUUGAUGGUCUCAGACACGGAGGCAACUGGGAUUCAUCCUCUGCCACCCAGAUUGAGGCGAAUCACUACGUCACCAUGAGGAUUUAAAAGCACACUGGGAAUUGAGCAUUCCACACUGGGAAUUGAGCAACCCCCAAAAAAACACAGAAGAUGGAACUGAGAAAACAGAGUCUUUGAAAAAUAGAAAUUCAUAUAAGUUCAUAUAUUCUUGAGAUAACGGUACACUAAAUGGUUAAACUGGUUUGGCCUCCUCUCUGCAACAGAGUGCCACUCUUUCAGCCGUUUGGGUUCCGGAAGUUUUUUUCCCAUUUGUUUUCUUCUGUAGGCUUUUCAUAAAAUCCUUCAUAAAAGAGUUGUAAGCCAUGAACCAAACCAACCAAGAUAAAUCACAACAUUACAAACUUUGAUUUGAAGCAAAAAUGUAUUUGAAAAUCAGACAAGAAGGCAACAGUAAAAGACUGUGUACUUGCCAUCUUUCAAGAGGGCGCGAACUACAAGCAAGGCAAUUGAUGUAAUUGGAAUAAAAUGACGGAAAUAUAUAAAACUGUUACUUUGUUAAUUAUAAGUAUAGAAACAAUAUAUUUUAGGUUUACUACAAAAUAUAUAUAUAUAUAUAUAUAUAUAUAUAUAUAUAUAUACACACACACACACAAAUAUAAAUGUAGUUUGAGGGUGAAGGGAGAGUGACUUGAUUGCGUCAUUCACAGUGCGUCAUGGAAGUAGGCGGUCACACCUGGACUUAUUUGGCGGGCUUUGUUGGCCGCAGUUCUCUGAUUGGUGGAUCUCUCUGCUGGAACAUGGGUAGUUGUAGUAGAGUAGUUGUUUACCAGGAAUUGCCUGCUAUUAAACAGGAUUUUAAAACAAUGAAGUUGAAAUAACGCGAACUGAUGGCUUCAACUAAGGCAUAUACAGUACCAUCGAUGAACAACCUCAGAGCUCACAGUAGGUCGUCUUUAAAGGUUAAUAAGUUACCGUUGAACAUCAAUUCGUUUAUGGAAACAAUUUAUGGGAUUUUUUACUUCCGGAACCUCACUGUUGUUUUAUUAAUGGUCUUGAGCGAGAGACUUGACACGCGUUAAAAAAAUGUUAAUAGAUAAAUGGAAGUGAAUGUAUAUUACACUCAAAUUGAAUAGAGUAAUCUUUGAAAAAAAUUAAUUAAUACAAUUCAUUUAAUUUUGUUAAAGAUUGCUCAAUUCAAUUUGAUGGAAUUUUGUUAUGAAAUUGAAAUGAAGUGUAAAUCUUAAAAACAGUCAAAUAUUUUUUGUGUAAAUUUUUUUUUUAAAUAAAGGUGGAGUAGGGAUGCAGAAAGAAUUGUUGCUGGAGAGAUGUGUGAGCCUUUAUACAGUACAGUCUAGGGGUGAUUUCAAGAUUAGAUGAAUGUGCCUUUCCAGAACUUUGAUUUAGAACUAUUAAUUAAUAUACACUCACUGAGCACUUUAUUAAAAACACUAUGGUCCUAAUAAAAUGUCUGAUGUUUCUGCUGAUAUAGCCCAUCCACCUCAAGGUUCUACAUGUUUUGUAUUCUGAGAUGCUAUUCUGCUCACUACAAUUGUACAGAGGUGUUAUCCGAGUUAAUGUAGACUUUCUGUCAGCUCAAACAAGUCUGGCCAUUCUCUGUUGACGUCUCUCAUCUACAAAUUAACUGAAGCUCCUGACCCGUAUCUGAAUUAUUUCAUGCAUUGCACUGCUGUCACACGAUUGG